UAUCGAAAUAAUUAUCAUCUCUAACCAAUUGACACCACGUCGUUUUUUGUUUUGAUUUUCGUGUCUAAAUUGUGAAAUAUUGAGUGGAAUUAGGAGCAUCCUGCAUGUUCGCAGGGCCGCAGCAUGGUGUACAUCGACCGCAAUGGUCGCGUCUGCGAGAAGCGUCCUUGGGACUGGCAGCGUAUAGUGGAAAUAUUUGUGGGGAUCUGGUUCAUCAUUAAGCAAUUAUUCCAGACGUUCCUAGCCCCCUUCAACGGAGGCACCAACAACGAUAAUCGACGCGGUGGUGGCAAUGGUUGGGGAGGCGGCGGAGGAGGAGGAGGCGGUGGC